GAAAGUAUAGGUUUUUAAUUAAACCCUAUUUAAAUAAUCCUCAGUGGCUGAAAAUUUUAAUGUUAAGUAAAUAGACAAAUACAGAAAUAAAAUAAAAAAAAUAAAUAAAUUUUUAUAAUUUCAAUAAAAUAAUCAAAAAAGAAGGAGAAGUGUAAAUGAGUGACGAAAAUGAAGAGUGCAUUAAGUGCCACAGCUAGAAAGUGAGACACGAUCGUAUUAAGGGCAACGUAAAAUGUUUUUCAUGCGGCUAUGUUGUUGAAAGUCACUACAAAACUUUUGAGCAAGAAGUCAACAACUAUGAAAACGAUCCUGAUUAAAUGAAUAAAAUGAGAGGUUUGGUCUAAGAUGGAAAAGACAUUGUAUUAAAAAUCGGCAGAGACGUCUUUGAUGAAUAAACAGGCAAGAAAAAAAGAAAAGCUGAUGAAGAUGAUAAAAAAAAUAUACGCAAGCAACUCAACAAAUGGUGUGAGUAUUUAUAAUUCGAAAAAAGAGAAAUCUUUGAGAUAGAAAAUUAUUUCAAUAUUUUACAAAAUAUGGAUUACUGUAAUCCAAAUUAAACUAAGGAGAAAGAAGCUAACUCUUCAUAGCUUAAAAGGAGAGGUGUCAUCGCAAUUUACAUUUUUGUGAGACUUUUAAAAAUUGAUGAGGCCAUGCUAAACCUAAAAAGUAUUUGUAAUGUAGCUGGAAUAAAGCUCGAAGAUGUAGAAAAAGAAUUAGAAAAUAUCAAGAAAAAUCAAUUCGAAGAUAAACAAAAAAUCGUAGAAAUUUUAUUUGAUAAGGUUGAUUUAAAAACAUAUGCAGAAGAAUACUCCAAAUAACUUUCUCUUAACGAAAAUGACAAAAAAGGAUAUCUAGCCCUUUGUCAGUAAAUUAAAGAAAGCCAGAUUUCAAACGGUGAGUAAGAUUAAACUAAGGCAGCUGCUGCACUUUAUGCUGUUACUAAAUUAAGCAAUAAUCCCGAUUUAAAUAAUAAAACUUUAAAAGAUUUAUCAAAAGUAUGCGAAAAAUCUGAUGGAACUAUUAAAAAAUUCUAUGAAAACUCAAUUUUACCAAACUUAAUUACUUUAUUUAAUGGAAUAAAGUACUAAUAGUAUAAUUGGAAAGAUUACUCAAAUCUUUCAAGAAAUUGAGUUUCCAAACAAAAAUCAAACAUUAAUCUUUCCUAAUCAUAAAUAACAAAUACAUAGAAAGAAAGAAAGAUAGAUAGAUAGAUUCUUCUUAUUUUUUCUGUUAUUAAAUAAAUUUUUAUUAAUCAUACAAAAAUUAGUUAGUUAGAUUUAAGUAUAUUUAAGUUUAUUAAUUUAUCAUAAAUUUAUUUUAUAUUUUAAAUAAAAAAUUGAUGAUUUUAUUUCAUUUAAAUAUUUUUAUCUUUUAACGAUUUAUGAAAUUCAAAAUGUAAUUUUAGAG